GCAAUGUUUUCCCUUAAAAAGGAUCUAAAAGAAAACUUAAGUACUUCCAAAGUGGAUAAAUAUCUCUUCGGAGAAAACUUAACCGAUACCUUGAAAGCGGCUAAGGCAGUAAACAAAUCGGGCGCCGAGCUUAAGGUGAUAAACAAGGUGGGGAAAAAAUCUGCUGUUCAAACGCAGAAACCUCAGGGAAACAAAGGUUUAAACUGGAAAGCUCCAGCACCGCAGCAGCAGCGCAGGCCGACGGGUGCCGGGGCUCAGAAGAACCGCGUGCCUGCCACGACGACGUGGGCGAACCGCACGCGCGCCGCCGCCUCCAGGCCGUCGUCGCCGCCGCGCCGCCGCCGCUAGACCCGCAGGAGGAACAUUCACUCGAACCUUACCCUGGCUGCCGGAAUAUUAUCCGGGCAGCACUAUUGCGACGGUCCGUACCAGCCUCGGCAGUAGAUAUAAUGAUUAGUUCUUUAGCUGAUUCAUCUUUUAAACAGUACAACACCUAUAUUAAUAAAUGGUAUGAUUUUUGUAAACAAAAUAACACACCUUUAUACGAUGCAUCAAUAUUUAAAGUCAUGGAGUUCCUUACUGAUUUAUAUAAUAGUGGCAAUCAAUAUGGUUCGUUAAAUUGCUGUAGAGCAGCCUUGUCCUUAAUUUUAGGAACCAAUAUAUCAACGGAUUAUCGUAUUCAAAGGUUCUUCAAAGGUGUGUUUAGGCUAAGACCUACUAUUCCCAAGUACGAUAUCACUUGGGACACUGGGUGCGUGCUAGAUUACCUGGCUCUCUUGUACCCUAACGAGGCCAUAUCAAUGGAAAAACUUGCAAAAAAAUGUGUAACAUUACUGGCACUGGUUACCGCCCAUAGGGUACAAACCCUGUCGAAAAUAAAUAUUUAUAACAUUAAGAUGUUUCCAGAUAAGAUUGUUACCAAAAUUUCAGAUCUCAUCAAAACUUCGAAAGUCGGUACGAAUAAUCCAGUCCUUACCUUACCUUUCUUUCUGCAAAAACCUGGGAUUUGCCCAGCCAAGUCAUUAAUUAGCUACAUAAAUAGAACGGCCUCAAUUAGAGAGUCAGAUUACCUUUUUAUCAGUUUUAAGCGGCCUCAUAAAGCCGUCACCACACAAACACUCAGUCGUUGGAUUAAGUCUACACUGAAAGAUUCUGGUGUGGAUGUGUCAAUCUUUUCAGCACAUAGCACGCGCCACGCUGCCACAUCCCAGGCAUACAGCGCAGGGGUUAGCAUUGACCAGAUUCGAAAAACUGCUAGUUGGAGUCAAAACUCCACCACGUUUGGAAAAUUCUACAAUAGAACCAUCAUGACCACAAACGAGGCAGAGUUGGCUCGUGCUAUAUUAAAUAAUAAUUUGUAAUUUUAUUUAGUUUGUAAUCAUCUAGACACAUUAUAAUAAUAAGUACUAGACAAUUAUACAUUUAAUCUACACUUCGUUAUA